UCUGCCCAGCUGCUGCUCCUUCACAGCCACCAGGACCUGGGACAGCAGAAUCAUUUCCAAAGCAUACAGCUGUGAGCCUGAAGGCCGCACAGGAGUGCGGGUGGGGUUGGUGCCGUGGCGAUGGAGCAGAGCGAGCUGCGGCGCCGCCCCUGGGCAUCCCAGGCGGACAGUGAGGUUCUGAGCGAGGCUGAGCUAGAGGAGAUCGCACCGAGAACCCGGGCUCCGCGGCCCUCUCUCUGCAGCAAGGUCCGGGGUGUAAGGUGCUCAUGUGCUGCUGCCAAGUCCCUUCUGUUCCGGUUCCUGCCGGUCCUGAGCUGGCUGCCCCGGUACCCAGUCAAGGACUGGCUCCUCGGUGAUAUUGUCUCGGGGUUCAGUGUGGGCAUCAUGCACCUCCCCCAGGGUUUAGCUUAUGCGCUUCUGGCAGGGGUGCCUCCCGUCACUGGCCUCUAUUCAUCCUUCUAUCCUGUCUUCCUGUACUUCCUGUUUGGAACAUCUAGGCACAUCUCAGUGGGCCCCUUCGCCCUCAUCUCCGUCAUGAUCGGCAGCGUGACAGGCUCGCUGAUGCCCAACAGCAACUUCAUGGAUCCGGUCAAUGGCACGAAUGAGACAGUCCUCAAUGAGGCAAGGAGAGACAGCGCCAGGGUGGAACUGGUGGCUACACUCACUAUCCUGGUGGGCGUCUUUCAGAUGGCCCUGGGGAUGCUGCAGUUCGGAUUUGUGGUCACCUACCUGUCCGAGCCCUUGGUGCAGGGCUACACCACAGCUGCUGCCGUCCAGGUGCUGGUCUCCCAGCUGAAGUACGUCUUUGGGGUGGAGGUGGCUGAGCAGUCAGGGCCAUUAUCCAUGUUUGCUGCCUUCAUUGAGAUCUGCACCAAGCUGCCACAGACCAACGUGGGCGCCCUGGUCACUAGCCUGAUCGCCAUGGCUGCCAUCCUCGCUGUCAAGCUGCUCAGUGCCAAGUUUGCCUCCAAGCUCCCCAUGCCCAUCCCCAUAGAACUCAUCACGAUCAUCGUCUCCACGGGGAUCUCCUAUGGAGCCGGCCUGAAGGCCAAGUUUGGGAUUUCUGUUGUGGGCGACAUCCCCAGUGGGAUGAAACCACCAGUGGCUCCCAACGUCAGUUACUUUGGGCAGGUGGUGGGCAAUGCCUUUGCCAUCGCCGUGGUGGGCUAUGCCAUCUGUAUCUCCUUGGGCAAGAUCUUUGCCCUGAAGCACGGCUACAAGGUGAACAGUAACCAGGAGCUGAUAGCCUUGGGGAUUUGUAAUUUCGUGGGUGGCUUUUUCCAGUGCUUCAGCAUCAGCUGCUCCAUGUCCCGGACCCUGGUGCAGGAGACCACCGGAGGGAACAGUCAGGUGGCCGGGGUUAUCGCCUCACUUGUCAUCUUAGUGACCAUUUUGAAGAUUGGGCAGCUCUUCCAAGACCUGCCCAAAGCCAUCUUAGCUGCCAUCAUCAUUGUGAACCUGAAGGGCAUGUUCAAGCAGUUCACAGACAUUCGCACACUGUGGCGGUCCAAUCGCAUAGAUCUGCUCAUCUGGCUCGUGACCUUCGUGGCCACCCUUCUGCUGAACCUAGACAUGGGGCUGGGGGUCUCUGUGGCGUUUGCCCUGCUCACAGUCAUCUUCCGGACCCAGAUGCCCCGCUACUCCAUCCUGGGGCAGGUUUCCAACACAGACAUCUACAGAGACGUGGUGGAAUAUAACAAGACUGAGGAAAUUCCAGGCGUGAAGAUUUUCCGCUCUUCUGCCACAGUCUAUUUUGCCAACGCUGAGCUGUAUGCAGAGGCCCUGAAGGAGAAGAGUGGCAUUAAUGUCGAUUACCUCAUUGGGAGGAAGAAGAAAGCCCUCAAGAAACAGAAGAAACAGCAGGAGAAGGACAAGAAGGAAGAGGCAAAGAAGAAAAAGAAAACUAACUCCAAGCUCUCAGAGGCCUCUGACCCCAGCAGCAAUGACCUUGGCUUUGUAGAUAUUGACAUGGAGACCAAUACGCAGGAGCUGGGGAGUGACUGCAAUGGAUCUGGCCCUGCAGUGGUUGACUCCAAUGGAAGCACGAUCGAGUUGGAGCCCCAAGCCAGCAGCACCCCAAAAGCCUUCAAUGAACCCACCCUGGAGUCUUUAGGUCUCAAAAAGCCUGACCUCCACUCCCUCAUACUGGAUUUCACCCCCGUCAACUUUGUGGAUACUGUCUGCAUAAAGAUCCUAAAGAACAUAUUCAGAGAUUUCCAGGAGAUAGAAGUGGAUGUGUUUCUUGUUGGCUGCCAUGCUUCUGUCAUUGACCAGCUGGAAAAAGGCAACUUCUUCAGCCAAACCAUCACCAAGCACCACCUCUUCGCGUCAGUGCAUGAUGCCAUCACCUAUGUCACCAGGGAGCAGGGACAAAGCAUGCCACAGCCGGUCACAACUUAUUCCAGCACUAAACUGUAGCCACCAGAAACAGCAUCUACUGUCCCCAGGAGCUGAACAGGUGAGAGGGAGCCACCAAGGCAUGUUUCCAGAGGACUCUUUUUGCUGGCUGAUGUUUACAAGGGCAGGUGACAUGGGAUUCCCUGCCACUGGGAAUCUAGCAGACACAAGAUCUCCUACUGCUGAGCAUCUGCUUUGGGCACUGGAGACCUGAGAUCAUCUGCCCUUGGGACCCCACUUUAGCUACUGGACAAACUGGGAAUCUAUCUCAAACCUGAAAUCUCCUUCUGCUGGGAAUCUUCUCCAGACACAGGAGAUCUGGGAUCUCAUGGGCUUAUGAAUCCACUUCACACACAAGAUCUUCUGCCCCUGGGAAUCCCCUCAGACCCAGGAACCAUCUCGGAUUGUAUCUGUGUGUGUGUGUGUGCGUGAGACCCUUUAACUUGAGUGAUGGUGUCCCUAGUCUCUGUUUGCCAGAAGCUGGGAAUGAGUGACGGGGGAUGGAUCACUUGAUUACCUGUUCUGUUUAUUUCCUCUGGGGCACCUGGCAUUGGCCAGUGUCAGAAGACAGAAUGCUGGGCUAGAUGGACCUUUGGUCUGACCCAGUAUGGCCGUUCUUAUGAAAUAUCACUGGAGAGAAGCUGCACUUGAGAGUUUUCCACUUGACUGUUUAAUUAGAUGAUGCUCUUAAAUUGAACCAGACAAACAGUUCUAUUGACUGUGCAAAACUCCCUGCAAAGAGCAAUACUGAACCAGCCCACAGGCUGGAGGCUGCCUAAGAUUUUGUCCCCUCCCUGCAUCCCAUUUCCAACUUUGUGGGUAAAAUAACCAAGAGCAAACUCCGACCUUGCCACAUGGGCCAAGCUGUGAAUAUGCACAGAUUUUAUUAUAGAGAGAGAACACUAAGCUUAGAGUAUUACUUUCUGAAAUUUGUUAGUCUCUAAGGUGCCACAAGUACUCCUGUUUUACUUUCUGGGGUGCACUCCAGACCAGUAAGGGGCUGUCACCACCUGCCCUGCAACCUUGGGUGCCUCACAAUGCUUUGCUGUAACUCCCAACCUGGGCCCCUCACAAACAGCAUGCAGGUUACAGCCUGAGGCCUGGUCCCCACUAAGCCCCCACUUCGGACUAAGGUACGCAAAUUCGUAGCUGAAUUCGAAGUACCUUAGUCCGAACUUACCGCGGGUCCAGACGCGGCAGGGAGGCUCCCCCGUCGAUGCCGCGUACUCCUCUCGCCGAGCUGGAGUACCGGCGUCGACGGCGAGCACUUCCGGGAUCGAUCCGGGAUCGAUUUAUCGCGUCUAAACCAGACACGAUAAAUCGAUCCCAGAACAUCGAUUGCCUGCCGCCGGACCCUCCGGUAAGUGUAGACGUACCCUGAGUGUCUGUGUAUAGCUGCAGUCUGCCAGCACACUCCGGGCUUCCACCAGAAUUGGUUACCACUUGCAGGGUGAUUUCAACAACCACUUCUUGUCCCAGAUUUUCCCCAAAGAAUCUGUGUUUGGCACCAUACAGCCCUUUCCUGGACAGUCCAGAUAUUAGUCUGUUGUCAUUGUACAACAGUUGCUACUUUAACUGGAGUUACCAAACAGUUCAGUUUAAACACAAUACUGGAUUAGAUUUGAAUAAAGAAUAAAACAAGUUUAUUUAACUACAAAGAGGGAGAUUUUAAGUGAGUACCAAUUAAAGGUAUUAAAGUCAGAAAUGGUUACAAUAGAAAUAAAGAUAAAUCACUUUCUAGUAACUAACCUUAAACAAACUAUACUUGGUUUAAGGUAAAUGUCUUACCAAAUGUUCCCAGCACCAGGGCUGACUAAAUUUUCAAGUAGAGCCUCUCUGAGUCCAAAGGCUGGUUCCUUUGUUUUCUCAGCUGAAAAAGUGAGAGAGAGAGAGAGUGUAUGUGCGGUGUCCCCUCCCCCUUCUAGGCUGGUUGCCCUUUGAAAUGCAUUUUCCUGAGGGUUACCCCUAGAUGAAAUUCCUUCCAGCUCUGAGGAUGGAGCCGUGAAAGAGGUUCCAUGAUGUUGGUUAAAAUGUAAAUCGGUCUGUUACUACCCCCCACUUCACUGCCAAAGAAUGGCAACUUGACCAGUGAUUGCCAAUCAACUUUAAUGACCCCUGGCUAGAGGUGUCAGUUUGUCCUUUGUCUUCGAGAAACUGGUUUAUCCGCUCCCCAGACUUGUCUGGUAAACACAUUUCAGUCAUAACUUCAGUUUAUAUUCAUAGGUUUCAGAGUAGCAGCCGUGUUAGUCUGUAUCCGCAAAAAGAAGAACAGGAGUACUUGUGGCACCUUAGAGACUAAC